CUUUCUUCUGCCUUUCAACACCCAUGAUCUUGACUAUCAAGCAAUAGUGAUUAUUCUAUCAUGGCCGUCAAAGGUCUGCUGUUCAUUCGUUGCCGGGGUAGGUACUUUGCGUACUCUAACCGGUGGGACAGUUAUCCGGAAGGUCUGGGCAUAGAGAUGGUCGACACUAUCCCUGAAGAUCCUGUCCAGUACCAAGCUCUUCGCUCCACUUUUUCGCGUCUCGUCCACCAAUUCGAAACACAAUGCCUCCCGGUCGCCAUCCAAUCCAUCGACGAGGACUCGAACGCCUCCCUCACUGAGCGCUACGAGAUGAGCUACUUGGCCCUCGACGACCGGCUUAAAUCGCCGCCUUUACAGCUAAUGCCCCCGGAAUGGCGGAGCGGAGAUCAUGAAUGGGUUUACACCCUCGACUUGGACAAGGAGAUCUUCAGCAUCGACAAUGCCGUUCAUCUCCGGCUCUCCAGCAUCGCCAGCGACCGGAAUUGGACCAUGUACCUCGUGGUUGCGCCAGAGUCCUUCUAUCUCCCUCAAGAUAUCCCCUUCCUUCGGGAAUCCUUCCUGGGCUCAGCAUUUUCAAGAUUGCAGGAGCACUAUCGCGAUCUACUGGACGGGAGCUAUCUUGAAUGGAGCCCCACAGACUUUCCCUUCAGAGAAAUAGCAUAUGCUAUCGUGUCUCUGGCCACGGGUGCUGUAUCGUUUGCAAGUAUCAGCUCCUUGGAUGCCAACCACAAGAAGGAAGGGUAUUACCUUGUUCAUGGUGAAAAAUCUUCAUGCUCUGGGUUUCCGAGCCUCCGACCAACCCUGCUGCCCCGAUUUUUGCACGAGUCACACUAUCCCGGGGUGCGGGCCGGGUCAGCUCCCCGGCAAACAACGUAUUGGUUGGAUAGUGUCUUGGUCCACUUGGUCUCGGGCCUAGAUCGCGUCGACAUAGAAGAAGCCGCGAUUGCCGAAGCCGUGGAAGCCGGACUCGAAGAGGGGCGAAAAUCAUUCUAUGCAAUCGUCUUCUCGAUUUUGGAUGUAAUCCUGCUGCGUGUCCAGAGGAAAUCAUGCCUGACCGUUCUUGUGGAGAGAAGUCCACUUAUGACAUUGUUCAAAUUUGAUGACACCAAUUCUUCAUUCGCAAGAGGGCCUCGGAACAGAUCGCCUCGCAACUUUGGGAACGUCAAGGAAUCUAAAGAUGGCACCAGAUCUCAUAGGAAUCUUGGGGCCGAUGACCUUACCCAACCCAACAGUCAUGACCGUCAACUGGACGAUGACGCUAACAAGUCACUGACAAUGCGCCUUGCCGGGAAGAUGAAGUAUUCCAUUGUCUUUGUGACACUAUUACGUUUCUUCGACGCAGCCACGUAUCAUGAUCUGGAAGGUGCCGUGUCCCAUGUAUUGCCGAACGAGACCCUGGCGACUGUGAUGCAGUUCACCGAUACUCAAACGUAUCGCACGCUCAGCAAACUGUCAGCUUAUUGCCGCAAGACCAGUCUGUCCGAGUUUCGGCUGAAUGACCAUUGUAUCAUCGUUGACUUUGAUCUCCACAGUACCUCCUACACCAUGGUGGACAAGCGCACGGGAACGCAGAGCACUACUCGACUCUGUCGUGGGAGUCCCACGCGAGGAUGCAAGGAAUUAGUACUGUCCCCGAUCAUCGGAAUCGAGAACCCCUCAAGGCGCAGUAUCAUCGAUUCUGUGCAGUGGCACUUUGUGAACGUCCCUAGCAGGGAAGCACCUUACAAAAAAACCAUUGCAAUGCCGCACAGAGCGGCGUAUGACCGAUUGGCGUACCCAGGCUUCGCUCCCUCCACCAACUUCGACAUGCUCUUCCAUCUUCCCGACCAUCUAUAUGUUGGGUCCGUCGAGGAGGGCUGGGACCGAUACCUCAAGAAGUUAAUUCGAAGAUAUCAGGAUGAGGAGGACAGCCCCGGCUCCAGUUUUGAUACGGGGCUGUUCGACUGUGUCCGCCCACCCGGAUACCGUGAGAUCACUAUGGACGCCCUCCGCUGUAGUGGCUUCCACUGUUUCCUGCGCCGCGCCCGGGACGAGAGUGUCGACGAAUGGAUGGCCACCACGCAGUUCGCCCUGCGUCGUCUGCAUAUCCGCGAAGGCUGGGGCGGCGGAUAUGAUGCUGCGGAGAGAUUCCCCCUUCCCGGGCGGCCCGUCGUGGUCGCCUUCUCCGCCCGUGUCGGGCUCUUCUAUUAUGUGCAUCAUCGCCACGAGAAGCCCAAAGUACCGCCGGGGAUAGGGUAUCAUAGCCUCGAGAUAGCGGAGAGAUGCACCGAUCCUGACCUGCAGCGCCGCCUUGUUCCGCUGAUUCCCGGGGUGAUCGACUUGAGAAAUUACUCGUCCCGUGUCGAGUUUGAGAGCUGGUUUGAGCGGUUCUGCCAUGGCGUCGGGGAGAAAACGGUGUAUGAUCCGUUCACUGACCAACAGCAAUUUUUGACUCGUGUGCCGGAGCCGCAACCUCAUCUAAGUAAACAGCCUAUGACCAGUACGGAGCCUGUUGGGAGCGAUGUGGUAUAUGAUUUGCCUUCUAUGUAUAGGUCUUUAGGGUAGCUGGGGAGGCUACUGCUGUUGCUGUUGGGAUACGUAAGGGGGUUCGGGCGAUUUAGUGCUGACUGGACAGAGGAUGAACUAGUAGCACGCUGAGUCAUUGGCUUCGUAGACUGAACAGGGCUAUCAGACAUAUAGGGAAGCGAGUAUUGACAUGAGCUGAGAGAUAUAGUAACUAGAUUCUCUCUGAACCACGAUCAGAAUUCUCGUUACCUUCAAAAGCUUCUUCUGUCAUUUCCGUGCCAGCUCCCGGUGAGAAGCCGGGUGAUAU